AUGUCCGCCUCUGACGCUUCCCUACCUCCACCAGGUACAAACUGGAUAGAGAUGCUCCAACCGACUGUGACGUUUCUUCUAGUCGGUACUGUAUUCUCGUCCAUGUUGAUCCCGGUCCUUAUCGCGUUGCUCAUCUUCUCAACACCACAAUCGCGUCGGUAUGCAGUGUUCUAUCUGAACAUUGUAGGAAUAUUAGUCGGUCUUGUGCAAGGAGGACUUAACAUUUUUAUAAUGGUACGUGCAAUAUUUUUGCGUGAUAGUGCUAUGGAUAUUGAAGCGCAACAGAUCCGUACUAUCUUGACUCCCGAUGAUCCGCUGCCGCAGGCCGCAAGUAUAGCAUAUACUACCUUAUCAGCAUUUGCUCCUUUGGCGGUAGAAACCAUUCUAAUCCUGCGUCUUCUCGCACUUUAUCCCUCUCGAAGUACUCCGAGGCUCACAUUCCUGAUUAUUGUAUCGAUUCCCUCGACGAUCCAUGUGAUCAGGAUGAUUAACUGUGCCACUUACCUUUGGAAAGACGUCGGCGCUACAAACGGUGCCGAAUCGCCACUGGUUUCAGCUUUUCAUCUAUGGGGGGACUGGCAAGUUAAAUUCGAAUGGAUAUUGCAGACCGUGGAUGUCUCGUGA